AAUGAUUUUGUUUAUACAUUGGAUGAUACUCCGAUCGAGAGCUCGGCUUUGAGAAAUUCUAUUUUCAGAUAUUACUAUUUUUCAUUUUCUGAAGAGAUAUAUUCAUAUUUUUAUUAGUCGAAUAAAAGAAAACUUUGUAGCGUUCAAGAUGUAUUGUAGGCAUUUAUUAGAAAAAUAACAAAAUUAUAAAUUUUCAAUGAUAAAUGAUGUUUACGAUUAAUGAUGUUUGUAUAGCUUAAUAUAUACACUUCAUGAAUAUUAAUCAAUGCAAAAUAUUUUAAGCACGCGUUUUUUUUACGUCAAUACUUGUUGCGCAAACUGUUAACUUGUUAUUUUAUUUCGUAUUGAUAUUAGUUAAAAAAGGAAAAUUGAAACGUUGGUAACGACAGUGUGGUUUCAAUGCAAGUAUCGAUCAAACUUCAUGAGUAAACGGUUUUGUUUGGGUCCACGAUUGUAGCAGGUAAAAAUUCCUCAAUCAGCUGGUGGUGACUGUUUUAUUUGUUUCCCAUAAUGGAAAACGUGCGAAAAGAAUUGACGAAGAUGGUCGUAAACCAAUGUAAAAUAAAAGGGAUAUCAAUAACUAAAGAUUUGGCAUCAUUCUUGCUUUCCCUAUAUCAAUUAAAUCCGGCGUAUCAAAUAAAUGAGAAUGACGAGGAAAAUGCGAAGGUGGUUAAUGCUAUAGCGGAGAGGCUAUGUGACCAAAGCCGACCCAGUCUUGUAACUUUGAAAAAUCAGCUAUAUUUUGCUAAGCAUUAUCAUGACAGAGACGAAACUGUCAAAAGACAUCGGUUGCGACUGUACCAAAAAACUGGACCUUUAAUCGCUGAAAUUUGCGAAACUAACAAACUGGAGAGUGAAAAAGAUACGGAAAAGUUGUAUCAGAAAAUAUUGGCAGUGAUAACGCUUUUGAGCGCUCUAGGAAGUCCCACAAUUCCAUCGAUUCUGAAAGAGGUUUCGAUGGCAUUGCAGAGUAUUUUCCAAGCUUCCGAGCUGACUCACUACGUGACUUUGCCAAAACGAGAGAAAGAGGAGCAGUUGAUGGAGUUAAUGUGCCUGGUUGCGGGAAUUCGUUUAUUUAACAGAGAUUGUCAACGCGGUGGCGAGGGAAUCGACGAUUUGCCGAGUAUUCUACAAGAGGCUUUAACGAAGACUCGCAAUUCUAUUCUCGAGCUGUUAGAAUCUUUAAUGGCCAAGAUAUACAAGUUCACGGCCGUCGUGGAAAAUGCGAUCACGCGUAUGUCGAUCGAUUACGCUUCGGAUGCUGCAUGUUAUACCUCGAGGGAAGCCCAGGAGGAUAAAAUCGAGUGGGCCAUUGAAAUGUUAACGGCUAGUCGUCAGCAAGAGAUCUACAUCAGAAAGCUGCUGAGUGAUAUAGAGCGUAGCGAGAACGCGGUGAAGAACUUGAUGGAACGUCUUCAAGCGCGACUCUUCAAACUCCACGACACUGUUCGAUACAGAACUGCCAUUCCUACUACUCAAGUCUACCCGCAAUUUAUUGAUCUGGCGGAUAUAUGGAUGGGUCUGCAAGACGAGGUGAUCAUUCUAAGUAGCAUUAACAACUUCCUGUGGGAAUUACAGAGUUUGAGCAAUAAGGCUAUAAAUAUUUACGAUCAGACAAGGUUGGAAGAUAUAGGGGUGGAUGUGGAUAUUUUAACCGAUGCCGAAAGAUUGGAACGUUCCAUGGGCAAUUUAAUAACGGAGUGUGGAGAAUGCUUGAUCUAUUAUCCAAACGUCACUAAAGAUUUCGAGAAGAUUAACUUAGAGUUUUUAGGAUUUUGCGCGUGGACAUUUGCGACGAGCAACGGAACUCUUAUUCCAGGAAAUCCAAAUAAUGGUGUAGCAAAAUGGAGAGGAAAACAUUAUGCCUUUAAAUCGCCCGAAGCAGCCGCUAAGUUCGGAGAAAAUCCUGAUAGAUACGUUUACGACGCACUCAAUUUUGUCCGUAAUCAUGCGGAAUACAUCCAUCUGUUCCAAUUACACGAGGAAAUUGAAGCUAUGCAAAACCAAGAAGAAUUAACAGAGAAAGGAUUGCAGUUAAAGGUUCGCCACGAUCAGAAAGUUCAAACAGACGUUCACAUAUUUCCGUCCUACAUUGAUAAAGAUUAUACUUCCAGUAUUUGGGAGCUGAAACGUAGAGCAUUACGUUUGGCAAACUUAAGUCGAUGUGCUACGCGCAGCACACAGACGUUUAAUUCGCAUUUUCGAUAUGGUGUUUACGUGCAAGCGGCUCCGCCUCAGGAUAAGGAAGUUCAAACCAGAAGAGAUAACUAUACAAACACAAAGAAGCUCUUGACGUUUAUAUUCGGAUUGCGAGGCAGACGGGAUGACAGCCAGCAUGUCGUAUCGUUCUUGGAAGAUGAGCUUGAACAUUUAUAAAAUUUAAAUAGUCUGAUAAUUAUGUUAACUCAUAUAUAUGUCACAACAUUAACACUAAGUAAAUUAAAAAAUUAUUUUAAGUGAAUAUUAUAUACUCACAUUCGUAAAUUAUCAUUUACAUAUAUAAACGCACGUGUAUUUACAAUAGUAAAGAUAUAUAAAUGUUUUAAAAGUGCUAGGAAAUAAUUGAAAUAAAUUACAUACGAGCAAUUUAAAAAAAAAAUGAAAGCAAUACCUUUUAAUGACACUUCCAAAUACAUUUCACGGAACAUUACAGUUAGUUUUUUCCUUUUUAGAGAAACAAGUUUAUAUCUUAAUUCCGUACGCAUAGCAUUUUUUUCAUGUAAUGCUUUCGCUACCGUAAAUCGCAAUGAUCGCAUUCGUGUGGCUUUCCUCAUGACUUAGGCCAGCAUUUCUUUAAUUUAUAUUCAAAAUACACGAAUUUUACAUAUGUCGAAGCUCGGACAGAUGUAUCCAGUUAAGAUGCCGCACCUCGCUUCGUGAGCCUAUUAUUUUAUUUCCUACACUUUAACAGUGGUCGCUGCACUGUGACUUUAAUCAUUUAAUAUGCUUAUAAGAUAUUUUUCAAUGAAUAUAUUGUUUUACCAUUAGAUCUUAAACGUUAGAUUCAAUUUUUACACCAAGAAACCUAUAUUACGACAAUAAUUAGUAAUUACACGAUAAUACAAUUAAACUUUGCUUACAUUUGCAUGUGUAUAAUGUAGCUAUUAUACAGAAGAGGUAUAGGAUGUUAAUUUUCCGCAUAGCUUUUUUGUUUUCUUUUAUGUCCGUACAAUUUUCUUCAUUCUGGAGAUAAAACCUGUCAUCCUAUUACAUCUAUUUUUUAGAAGAA